GGAUGACUUUUCACGCCGCGACUGACAAACUCUCCACUAACUGGGCGGACUGAGGGAGUUUUCCUCUCAGCAAUACGGGUUUUGUUUAUCUGAGGCGGACGCAAGAAGCCAAUGGUGCUGUCACGGUUGCCAUGGGGACGAGAGAUUGGGGGGGGUCCUCUGGGUUUGCGAGCUUCUUCCUUGCUCUCCCCCCCCCCCACCUGCAAUGACAGAAAUAGAAAGAGCAGCAGCAGAGCCGGAACUUGUUUUGUUGUGUGCAUCCUCUCUCGCGGAAGCACCAUCUGGGCAGAGAGGAGGCUGAGAAAGGAGAGAGGCUAACGCCUCUCAACUCCUCUUCCUCUCCCUCCCGCCCACCCCUUGUUCACGACAUAGAGCUUUUGGAGAAUGACCUCGGCGGGGCGGUUCCCGGUGGCUGACUGAUCCCUCUACCGGGACUCGUUUGCGACGGAGGGAUCCUUCUCCGGGCUGCCAGUGCUGCGGCCCCAUCUUGGCUCCGCUCGGGGCUGGGGGGGCGGCGGCGGCGGCUCCGCACCCGGCACCAUGGACGAGGCCUACGACGUGAUCGUGCUGGGCACCGGCCUGACCGAAUGUAUCCUUUCUGGCAUCAUGUCUGUGAACGGCAAGAAGGUCCUGCACAUGGACCGGAAUCCCUACUACGGGGGCGAGAGCUCAUCAAUCACCCCCCUGGAAGAGCUCUACAAGCGCUUUGAGAUUGGUGAUGGUCCCCCUGAAUCUAUGGGGCGUGGCCGGGACUGGAAUGUUGACCUUAUCCCCAAAUUCCUCAUGGCCAAUGGCCAACUGGUGAAAAUGCUGCUGUAUACGGAAGUGACACGCUAUCUAGACUUCAAAGUGGUGGAAGGCAGCUUUGUCUACAAGGCAGGAAAGAUCUACAAAGUGCCGUCCACCGAGACAGAGGCUCUGGCAUCCAAUCUCAUGGGCAUGUUUGAGAAGCGGCGCUUCCGUAAGUUCCUGGUGUUUGUGGCAAACUUUGAUGAGAAUGACUCGAAGACAUUGGAAGGGGUGGAUCCUCACGCCACCACAAUGCGCGAGGUGUAUCGACGUUUUGACCUGGGCCAGGAUGUCAUUGACUUCACAGGCCAUGCGCUGGCGCUCUACCGCACCGAUGACUACUUGGACCAGCCCUGCUUGGAGACCAUCAAUCGCAUCAAACUGUACAGUGAAUCCCUGGCCCGCUAUGGGAAGAGUCCCUAUCUCUACCCACUUUAUGGUCUGGGUGAACUACCCCAGGGCUUUGCCAGGCUCAGCGCCAUCUAUGGUGGCACCUACAUGCUCAACAAGCCAGUGGAUGAGAUUGUCAUGGAAGGUGGCAAGGUCAUCGGGGUCAAAUCUGAAGGCGAGGUGGCACGCUGCAAGCAGUUGAUCUGCGACCCCAGCUAUGUGCCAGAUCGGGUGCGCCCAGCAGGGAAGGUGGUGCGUGUCAUCUGCAUCCUGAGCCACCCUAUCCGUGGCACCAAUGACUCCAACUCCUGUCAAAUCAUAAUCCCCCAGAACCAAGUGGGGCGCAAAUCUGAUAUCUAUGUCUGCCUGAUCUCCUCUGCCCACAAUGUGGCUGCGCAGGGCAAGUACAUUGCAAUUGUCAGCACUACUGUGGAGACGGACUCUCCUGAGAAUGAAGUGCAGCCAGCCCUCGACAUUCUUGAGCCUGUUGAUCAAAAGUUUGUGGCUAUCAGUGACAUAUAUGAGCCUACCGAUGAUGGAACUGAAAGUCAGGUAUUCUGCUCACGGUCGUAUGAUGCCACCACCCACUUUGAGACAACAUGCGAUGACAUCAAAGACAUUUACCGGCGCAUGGCAGGGGCUCCCUUUGACUUUGAGAGCAUGAAACGGCGCCAGAAUGAUGUCUUCGGCGAGGAUGAGCAGUGACUACUCCCCUUCUCUUUCUCUCCCCCCCCCCAUCCCCAUCCUUCCUCCCCCUGAGUUUUCCCCAUGCAAGGGACCAUACUCCCAUUAGGGACUGGCUUUACCCCACACCUCAUCUGAGACUGGCUCUUCCAGAUAUUCAUUCAGCUAUACAGUGGUACCUCUACUUACGAAUUUAAUGCGUUCUGAACAGACAUUUGUAAGUCGAAAAAAUUUGUAAGUCGAAUCCCAUAGGAAUGCAUUGGGAGAAAAAAUUCGUAAGUUGAAGCAACCCUAUCUAAAAAUUCAUAAGUAGAAAAAAUCCUAUCUAAACCGCAUCCAAGAUGGUGGACGGAGCCAUUUGUAAGUAGAAAAAUCUGUAAGUAGAGUUAUUUGUAAGUAGAGGUACCACUGUAAUUGAUUUCUCCUAAUUGUGACCAAGAAGACAUUCCUAGUUUAUUUUUCCACUCCAUCUCCAUAUCUUUCUGCUCACAAGAGAAAGACCCCCUCCGCCCCUCCCCCAACAACUGAGGUUGCAUCAGAGUUGGUGCAACUGAAAUUCUUUGGGGACCCAUUCUCUUAUAGAACAGGGAUUUGUAUUAUAUUCAAUUGCAUGCAUUUAACCUCUGCUGGCUACCAACUUCUAGGAAAAUGCAGGCUUGGGCAGGGGUGAUUUGGCACUCUCUUCUGCUGCAGCUCCUUCCCUCUGCAUGUUUGUAAGGAUAAACACACAUCUGAAAGCGGGCAGAAGUAAGCACACUAAUCACUUUUCCACUUCAAGUUGCCCCAUCACAAAUCUGUUCCUAGAAGAAGCAGACACCAGGGGUUUAAAGGCAUGUGAUUGCAUGGAGCAUGCAUUUUGGCCUUUGUUCCUGCUGCUAAUCUCAAACAUUCCUCAUCUCUUCCACUUUGCCCUCCUCUCUACUCUCAGCAACCAUGUUAUUUUCUGUGCCUCACAAUUCCCCCCCUUUUUUUCCAGUUCUGAUCCCAGUGAAUUGGCUUGCUUGCUUCACUUGUGACAGACAUUCUUCCCCUCACUUACAUAUAACCAGCCCUCCUUCCUUUCCAUGUUUAUCAUGAUCAUGGUGUGAAUCUUCAUUUCUGUAUGCUGAGAAGAGGCUGGAAUGACUAGCACUACAGGAUGAGGGGGGGACAUGAAGGGCCCCUCUGAACCGCCUCUUUCCACACAUGCUGUCCCUCUGGCCAGUCCCUUCCCUCCCCCACCUUGCCACUUCAGGUUCUCACAGCCUCUUUGUUUGUCUUGUGUCCAUUUUGUCCCCUCAAUUCCCUCUUAGUUACUUUAGCCUAAAGUGGGGGAAGAUUUGUGUGUGUGUGCGUGUGUGUGUGUGUGUGUAUGUGUCUCUCGUGUGCUGGACAUAGGGACAGGGUGGUGGUUCUGUCCCCUUCCACUUGCUGCCACCUGCUGUAACUUAUUGUAACUUAUUAAUGAAGCAGGUCUAACUUUUGUUGACACACUUGAUAAUUAACGAGGUUUGGAUGGGGGCGGUUAGGCCCUGGCAUGAGCAAAAAGGCCUGGGGUCUGUUUUGUGUCAGAGGCUUCCUUCCUGCCAAAGCUGGCUUUAUGGUUAACAAUCUGUCUGUAACUCUAGGGGGAUAUGAGGGGUCACCUCCCUCCACCCCACAGCUGCUCAAUUGUCUCAAAGUAAUAAAUUCACUUAGUCUAGCUCUGGCUCUUGUCUGGUACCACCACCAUGGGAAUGAGAGGGGGAGGGGAGGGGAGGUCACGUUUAGUCAGUCUCCUAAGUAGAGAAGGGAGGCUUUUGUAGAGAAGGACCAUGUUAAACUCAGGAGACGGAUGAAAAAUCUCAUGUGAGACAUGGCAUAAUGAGAAUGUUGGAGAAGCCCCACAGCCUGGCCUUUGUGGCUUAAUCUUUUUGGAAAGGAAUUCCAAUGUAGAGCCCAGCGCCAUGUGAACCAUGAAACUUGAAAUUUGUUUUAACCUGCACAGCUUAACUCUGGUUACAAACUUUCAUCUCAUCUGCCUUUUUUCUACUGCUCAGCGUCUUUUUUUCCAAGAAUUUAGAGUUAAGCAAGGAAAUGAAGAAUUGCUGUUUUAGGAAGCCAGCUGUUGGAAUUGAUCAGAUUAUUCAAAUUUCCCCCAGUCUCCCUGUGUGUCACCAAGAUCUGAAAGCAGAUAAGUGCAGGGUUUAGCAAAAUACUACCCUUAAUAUGUAUCUAGAAGUGUGGCACAUAUUUGGACGUCAUGCAUUUCUCUCUCAUCUACCUUGGGCUAAGACCUUUUGGCCCAGUUAGUUUAUGACCCUUUCCUCUUGGAGCAGAAACCCUGUUUGCCAAGAUAAUAUGGGGGCAGGAGCAGUACUUGCAGGGAGG